AUGUCUGCGAACAAAACCAUAACGCUCCCUGUCUCGUAUGAAGCAUGCCAGCUGCCCAUGGUCAAACUGUCGCAUUACCCCGUUGGCACAACCGAACCCACGCCUGUGGUCAUCGUGACUUUGAAUCGGCCCGAGAAAAGCAAUGCCUUCACUCCCGCCAUGGCGGAGAGCCUCGAGCAGGUCUUCCGAAUGUUUCACCUAGACGAACGCGUCAAGGUGGUGGUUCUGACUGGUGCCGGCAAGAGAUUUUGCGCCGGAGCCGAUCUUGACAUGGGAUUUGGAAAUGGGGCCGGCGAGAACCCCCAAGAUUAUCGGGACACUGGUGGCCGUGUCGCCAUAGCCAUCCACCGAUGCCAGAAACCUACGAUCGCUGCGAUGCAGGGUUCCGCCGUGGGCGUGGGCAUGACGAUGACACUGCCAGCUGCCAUUCGCAUCUGCCACGAGAAGAGCAAAUACGGGUUUGUCUUCACACGACGGGGAAUCACUCCAGAGUCGUGCUCUUCCUAUUUCCUACCUCGCCUAAUCGGCUUGUCGCGGGCCAUGUUCCUCAUCUCAACGGGGGGCGUUUACCCGCCCCAGCAGCGGUACUUCGGCGAUUUAUUCACGGAGGUCCUCCCAGAGGCAUCACAGGUCCUUCCCAGGGCACUGGAGCUUGCGACCGACAUGGCCAAAAAUGUUAGUCCGAUGGCGUCGGCCAUCAGUCGGUCCCUCCUCUGGGAGGGAGUGCAGUCGCCCGAGGAAGCUCAUCUGUUGGAGUCGAGGGUGUUUCACCAUAUGAUGGGAUUGAGGGACCAUCACGAAGGGGUUUUGUCGUUCAUGGAGAAACGGAAACCUGACUUUAAGGCGGACUUGCAGAAUCACUGGCCGGCGAUUUAUCCGUGGUGGUAUGAGGCGGAUAUCGACCCGAAGCACGCGACAAAGGGAUCCAAGUUAUGA